AUGCUGCAGCGGGAGAAGGUGAGCCCGGUCCGCAACCGGUCGCGCGAUCGCACGACGAUGGACCACCAACAGGGGGCGGGGGGCUCGGCCGACGGUGGCGCUACGGCGGCGGCACCGCGGACGGCCCUGCCCGAGAAGCCCACCCGCGUGGAUGACGAGAUCCGCCGCAAGACAGUUGACCGUGUUGCCUACUUCAAGGACAUGUCGCCGGAGCUGAUGACGACGAGGCUCGGCGACUUGGACAGGGAGUGGACGAUCCACCGGCUCGUGGCGCUGGUCGUGGGUCUGGUGUCGGCCGGCGGCCUGCUCGGGGGCUGGUGGUACGGCCACCACUCGUGCUACCUCAUCGCCCUCGUCUCCUCGCUGGUGCUCCUCCAGCACGCCAUCACCGGCUGGUCCCCGCUCGUCCCUCCCCUGCGCCUCCUGGGCGUACGGACGGAGAAGGAGGUGAAUGCGGAGCGGAUCGGGCUUCGUCUUGCCCGUGGCGACUUUGCCCAGGUGGGCCAGAGCCGUGCCGACGAGAUCGUGGCCAGAGAUCUCAGUGCGGCCUCGGCGAUGUGA